AUGGACCUCGACAAUGUCAAGCAAGAUCGCGGCUCCAGAGAGUUCCUCGCCGUCCUCUUUGCGGGAUUUGGCAACGAACUCGUUCCCCUCACUAGCGACUACGGCGACGAGCCCUGUCCAAAGUCUCUUCUCCCCAUCGCCAACAAGCCCCUGCUCGAAUACGUUUUCGGCUGGCUCGAACAAUCCGGCAUAAAAGAUGUGUUGCUCAUCUGCCCAUCUCGCCAUCGUUUCUCGAUAUACCAUCAUAUACACUCGGACGUGUCCUCCUCCUCCCUCCGAAUAGAUCUGCAAACAUACGACGAAUCUCAGGGAUCAAACAUCGGCACUUGUGCUCUCCUUCGCCAGUUCUCCAAUCGCAUUACUGAAGACUUUGUGAUCGUGCCAUGCGAUUUUAUUCCGCCCGCGAUUCUCCCGCUCAGUCUGCUGUUGAAUAAAUUUCGCGUGGAUGCUCUUUCGGAGGCUGCUCUCGCUACAACUUGCUGGUACAGGUCUCAAAUAUCAGAAAAGGGCACGGUGCUUGAGGACUGGGGACCUCCGCCAAUGGCAUUUCCUAUUGUCUGGGACCCGUCUACUGGUUCCUUGCUGCACAUCGACACUCCCGAUGACAUGGACUCCAACUCGGAAGAGCUCGAAUUAAGAAUGGAAUUAUUAAAACGGUGA